CUCAUGACUUGUAACGUAUCUAUUUUACAGCUUACUUUGAUAUAAUACUAUGAAUAUCUGUUUUGAUAAAUGCAAAUUUGAUAACAUAUUAUAAAUAUCCGGGUUGGAAGCGUAGGAUACUUUGAAAGUCACCUCGGUAAAAUAUUAAGGUUAGGCGGGGUUUGAGAGCGUUCUAUUGCGGCAAAAGUAAGCUUUGACUACCGACGUAACUGGAUGUGGAAUUAAGAUCGGAUUAUUUGUUUAGGAGUACAUUCAUACGUGGAUUUACACAGAAUCUAUUGUACUACACUUCUGAAUUAGGUGGAAAUACCGAAAAAGAGAAAUUAAGGCAGAAAUGUACCAAAACAGGCCCCCGGCACCUCCCGGGCCAGGCCAGGCCUUCUCAUCUGUGGCAGAGAGACUUGACAGUAUAAAAGAGGAAUUUACCUAUUUACAAGCACAAAAUCACAGUUUGAAGUUGAAUCAAGAGAAACUUGCUACAGAAAAGACUGAAAUGCAAAGGCAUUAUGUUAUGUACUAUGAGAUGUCAUACGGACUUAACAUUGAAAUGCACAAACAGACGGAAAUCGUCAAACGAUUGAAUGCAAUCAUCGCGCAAGUUAUGCCGUUUUUAUCUCAAGAGCACCAACAGCAGGUGGCAGCUGCCGUAGAAAGAGCAAAGCAAGUAACCAUGCCUGAUCUCAACCACAUAAUUGGGGCUCAACAACUCCAAGCACAGAACCACCUUCCACCCCAUCCUCCAAUACCAGUUCCUGGUCACCCAGGUGGUUUGCCGCACCCCAGUCAUCUCCCAACUUCAUCAUCUGCUGGCCUUCUAGCACUGUCACAAGCAGCACUUGGUGCUCAUCAACACUCGUUAGCUGCAGCGGUAAAAGAAGAAAUUCGGAACAGCGAGCAAGCGCAUGCUGCAGCAAUUGCAGCCGACAGAGAAAGAGAGCGAGAAAGGGGUAGGGAAAGGGAACGAGAAAACAGACAGCCUUCAAUAUCACCAGCUAACUUGAACAAUGGAGUUCACCGAAGAGAUGAAUAUAGCAGCGGAAACAGCAGUGCAGGUGGAAACAGGCACAUGCUACAUCCUGAAAUGGACACGCCUAGUAAAAAACGGAAACUUGAUAAAGAGGAAUCAGAUGGUGACAAGAGCGAUCAAGAACUCGUGGUGGACGUAUCGAACGACGAGCCUACUACUCCUCUUCACAUAAAUGUUGAUGGUCAAUCACCAAGGGAAAAUGGAUAUUUAGAUGGACCAAAUGGUGUUGGAAGUAAUCCUGGAGAUGGAAAUUCAGCAUUAUCAUCAUCUCGUCCACCUGCAGGAUAUAGUAAAAAGCAAGAGCAAAAUGGUCAAGUUGGAAGCCCGGCUUCUGUUGCUUCAUCAGCAUCUGGCACAUCUCGUCAUAAUCCACAACCAAAAUCCGAUCCUGGCCUUCAUCAUGAACAUUCAAAUCCUUCCUCUAAACCAGUCAGCCCUCAACCUCGACCAUCAAGCCUUCAUAAUGGAAGUCCCAACAUUCCACAACGGUUACCACACGCCCCUCAUCCAGAGAGAUCGUUACCAGAAGGAAUGGUUCGAACAUCUGCAUCAAUGGCGUAUCCCGGUGCUCCAGGAUUUCCUCCUAACAUGCCUCCAGCUCAUCAUGCCUUUUAUGAAAAUAUGCACAGAAUGCCACACGGUGUUAAUCCUGCUAUUGCAGCAGCACAUUAUGGGGCACCUCCUAUGGUCAGGUUUGAUUCUCAUGCACAAUUAAGAAUGGGAUUACCACCAGGAAUGCCUCCACAUAUGGCCGGAAAACCGGGAUGUUCAUUUCACAUAAGUGACGAGGGCCAAACACCUCAACAAGUACAAUUUCCUCCUGAUGCACUUCUUGGUCCUGGUAUACCACGUCACGCACGUCAAGCUCUUACCCUCAAUCAUGGUGAAGUUGUAUGUGCUGUCACAAUAAGCAAUCCUACACGUCAUGUAUACACAGGAGGAAAAGGAUGUGUAAAGAUAUGGGAUAUGAAUGCACCUCCCGGCAAUGGUCCUAAUUCUCCUGUCGUGAAGCAGACACCAAUAUCUCAAUUAGAUUGUCUGCAGCGAGAUAAUUAUAUAAGAUCAUGUAAAAUAUUACCAGAUGGUCGAACUUUAUUAGUUGGCGGAGAAGCAAGUACUUUAUCGAUAUGGGAUCUUGCUGCAGCUAAACCAUGUAUAAAAGGAAAGUUGGUAUGUGACGCACCGGCAUGUUAUGCAUUGGCUAUCAGUCCUGACUCGAAAAUAUGUUUCAGUUGUUGCAGUGAUGGUAAUAUUGCUGUGUGGGAUCUUCAUAAUCAAAAAUUAAUAAAACAAUUCCAAGGGCACACAGACGGUGCAUCUUGCAUUGAUAUAUCACCAGAUGGUACAAAACUGUGGACUGGGGGUUUGGAUAACACUGUACGAUCAUGGGAUCUCACGGCAGGAAAACAACUGAAAAAACACAACUUUAAUUCUCAAAUUUUUUCACUUGGAUAUUGUCCUGCGGGAGAUUGGUUGGCUGUCGGGAUGGAAAGCAGUACUGUUGAAGUUUUACAUGAUACAAAACCAGAUCGAUACCAACUUCAUUUACAUGAGAGUUGUGUGUUGUCGUUGAAAUUUGCACAUUCCGGCAAAUGGUUCGUAAGUACAGGAAAGGACAAUAUGCUGAAUGCUUGGAGAACUCCUUAUGGUGCUAGCUUGUUUCAGUAUAAAGAAUCAUCAUCAGUUCUCAGUUGUGACGUUUCUAUCGAUGAUCGGUUUAUUGUCACUGGUUCAGGGGAUAAGAAAGCUACAGUUUAUGAAGUUUUGUGAUGAUGAAAGAUAUCAAGAUGUCAUUUAAAAAUAUGACAGGAUAGGAUUUGUCAAAAAGUUUUGGUUCUUCGUUGGAAUAGAAUCGGAGAUAAACUAUAGUUUGUGCAAUCAUGCAUGUGUGGAACAAAGAAGGAUGACUUGCAACUGGCAACUCUUUGUAUAACGAUAUGAAUAGAGAGAAUCCCUAUGAAGGAGACGUCAUUGUCCAUCAAAUAAUGAGCAAUAUGAAACGAUAUAAAGUGAUUUUGAACGAUCUCGAAAUCUCCGCGAAUGAGCCCUAUUUUUCAAAUGAACCAAAAUUGCUCUGCAUUGUGAAUCUAAGAAUAAUUUAUUUUUGACAUCUACAGCAACAUUUUCAGCAUUAUUAAUUUAUGUUGGUAGUGGCUAACAGCAGUAAGUACGCUUUGUACUUGAAUUGUUUAUAAUUUAAAUCAAUAUCGUUUAUAGAAGGUAAACAGUUAACGGAUUUUUCAGACUACAAUGAUUAAUAAAGCUAGCCUGCAUACUGUUACACAAUUAUGAUGGCAGAAGGAUGUUUAAACAGGUUUUGAAUAUUCGUAACUUUCUUGAUCUGAAAAUAUCCCCCAAUGUCUUUUGGUCAGCAAAUGAGGCCAAAAAUAGAUUAUUAUUUCAUUAUAGGUAGCUCAAGAUAAUUUUAGCCUCCGGUAUUGUCGGAUAAAUUCAUACAUAUGUCAGUAAUAAUUAUUUUCGAAAAUGGGUCGUAAUAUUUUCCUUCUAAAUAAAGACUGCAUUUUGUAUAAUUUUGUUCGGAAUAGAAUUUUUCAAAAUUUAGAAUUUAUUGGCAUAAAUUCUAUUAAUCUGAGAAAUCUGUCUCUAGCUCUAUAAUUUAAAAAUAAUUAUCGUCAAAUUUGAUUUCCGGUGGGUUCUUUCUACCAGCUUAUGGUGUGGUUAUAUGCAAUAUUUGGGUCAAUUCAUAAUUGUUUUCUGCAACCGAAGUGCGAGUGUAUAAUUUAUUUGCACUAACAGUGAAGUGAAUCUAACAAUCGUAACAAGCUUUCACACAUAUUUCAUGCCCCAUCAUAUCUCCCCUAUUCGGCCAAUGCAAAAAGACGACUGAUCUCUAAAUUUUGUAAUUACAAUUUGUUUAUAAAUUUACAUUUUGUUGUGAAUCUCAUUCUGUGUAUGGGACUAAACUAAACUCUAUGCAAUCUCAGGUAGUCCUUUGGUAAUUAGCUACCGCAUACAUUUUAUUCGAAGACCAAUUUAACUCCUAAUGAGGUGGGAAACUCUUGAUAUAGCCUUGAUAUAUUUUUUCAUUCAGUCUUUGAAGCCGAUUUAGACAUGUCAGUGGUGAUUGUGUCUGGUUAAAUAGAGUGAGACAAUCUUUCAAACUUACUAUGUGUUUGCAUUUUGGGCAAAAAAAGAAGAUGAUUCCUUGCGUAGGAUGUACAUUUGCAGCUUCCAUUCCACUAUGACUUUGUGUGUUCAAUUUAUUUUCAAUUGAUUGACCUUUUGCCGCGAUAUUUCUUGUGUACUUAUUUGUCCUGAUUGAAAUACAAACUUCUCUACAAAUA